AAUACUAAAUGGAAGCAUCUAUUUUGUCACCAUGCCGAAAGUUUAAGUAAUGUGAGUUGUUUGGGGGUAUGGGCAUCAGGAGCGACGUCACCUCAUUUGGGCCUUGGCCUGCCUUAGUAAUGAAAUCGUGACACCCGAUCCGCAGACAGCAGAGCGAAAGUGUGAGUUGGGAGAAGGAAACCGAACCACAACGGGAACGAUUGAGAACAGCGACUUAGAGAACAAAUUUGAAGUGAAACCAAGAUUAAAGCAAAUGAAUUAGGAGGAAGGUUACCCAACGACACACUUCCGAGUUCAAAUGCAUUUGAUUUGGUGACUAACUUGAGAGUUAGUGACGUGCUUGAAAUGGAGAAUGGCAGGAGCCGUCUGCAGCAGGCUCAGGAGGAGGUGGAGGAGGUGAAGGUCAUUAUGCUUGAUAACCUCAACAAGGCUGAUGAGAGGUCUGGGAAGCUGGGGGAGUUGGAGAACAGGGCUGACUCACUACUGGCAAAGAGUAAGAAUUUUGAAAAGACUACAACAAAAGUAAAGAACCAGGAGCGAUGGGAGAACAUGAAGUUGAAGGUGGUUAUGGCAGUGGUAGGAGGGAUUGUUGUUGUCGCUGUAAUUGGAAUUAUUGCAUAUUGUUUGUCAGAAAAAAGUUAAAACAGCACCACAAGCGAAGACAGAAGUCCUCAUGCGACCUUGGAGCCACAUGACUAAAUCGGGUCAAGCAAGCCCAGGUGGAACUCACAGGUGGUCUACAUGGAUGGAAGUCAGAUUGCAACAAUUGGACAAACCUUUUAUUUUUUUAGGAUUUCCUGCAUGAUAUUGUUUGUGGCAAAAACAUUUCAAACAACACGGUUUGUUAUAUACUUUUUGUUUAGAGGUGUUCUGAGCUGUAUGCUUCCUGUGCACAUCCUGACAUGGUACCACCACUAGCUCGGCUGCUUUCUCUUGUUCAAUGGUAGCGUCUUCUGCUGGCCCUAGUCAGUAUUCGCUGGUCACAAUUUCGAAAAGGUCCGCCAACACCACAGAUAUGGCUAUUGCAUAAACUCUCUGUGAUCUGUUUCAUAACUAAGUAAUGAGAAAUGAUAAAGCUUCAUAUGGACUGUUAAUGGUAAUGAACAGUCAUGACAACCACAUAUUUUUUUCUGCUUUUGUGGUUGGGUUACAUUUACAUUUAGUCAUUUAGCAGACACUCUUAUCCAGAGCGACUUACAGUAAAUACAGGGACAUUCCCCCCGAGCCAAGUGCCUUGCCCAAGAACAAGGCACGGCCGGGAAUCGAACUGGCAACCUUCAGAUUACUAGCCCGAUUCCCUAACCGCUCAGCCACCUGACUCCCUGGGUUAACAACUUCACUCAUUGGGCAUAAGAAAAUAUAGAUUAGUAUUGAUAAAUUGUUAUGCUAGCGGGUUUCUGUACUUAUGCACUGUAGCCUAUGUAUUUAUUUUUCAGUAAGUAAGUUAGCCAUUGAGUCAAAUAUGAGUCGAAACGUGAUUUAGUUUUUAAUUAGGGUUAGUUAGGGAUUUUUCAUAGGGUGUCUUGUUCCUUUCUCAUAUUAGCCUAGCCUAGAAGGUUAUGCUUAUAAAAUAGAUUUGCCCAUGGGUAUAAGGUUUUUGCGCAUAAAACAUUCGAUUAACUGCCACUUUACAAGUUUAAUACCAUUUGGUGCAUUUAUUCACGUCAAUGCGAUAAGCUGUAUCAGAAGAUGAAUAAUUGAUUGUGUAUUUUCAAACAUUUCAGAAUAAAUGAUAAUAAAAUUA